ACGGAGCUGAGCAGCCCUUGCUGGGAGCCGGAAACAAACAUGGAUCACGAAACCCUGGGCAAUAUUGUCCUGCUGGCCAUCGUCACCCUCAUCAGCGUGGUCCAGAACGGGUUCUUUGCCCACAAGGUGGAGCACGAAAGCAAGACCCAUAAUGGGUGGAGCUUCCAGAGGACGGGGACACUUGCCUUUGAACGGGUCUACACUGCCAACCAGAACUGUGUCGAUGCGUACCCCACCUUCCUUGUCAUGCUCUGGAGCGCCGGCCUCCUCUGCAGCCAAGUUCCUGCCGCUUUUGCUGGACUGAUGUACCUGGUUGUGAGGCAAAAGUACUUUGUUGGCUACCUGGGGGAGAGAACGCAGAGCACACCUGGCUACAUAUUUGGGAAACGCAUCAUCUUGUUCCUGUUCCUCAUGUCCCUGGCUGGGAUAGUCAACUAUUUCCUCAUCCUCCUUUUCGGAAGUGACUUUGAAAACUACAUCAAGACAGUCACCACCAGCAUCUCCCCCCUCCUUCUCAUCCCCUAACUGAAUUCUGGGUGGGUGUGCUCAGCUAAUCAAUACCUAGAAGCCAUCAUAACUCAACCCUUUAAACGAUGCUGUACAUCUGAUGACCCUCUGGGCUUUGCAGCUUGAGUGAACCUCACUUUUCCUGGAAGAGAAUAUCUUCAUGUCAGCUCCGCCCCCCGAACAUGAUGGUGGCACCAGAUUUGCUCUUCAGAUCCCGUCUGUGUGUUUCUUACUUAUCCUGCUUUCCGAAGAUGUUUUGUGACCCGAUUUAUGUUUUCCUAAAAUAAAAUGCAGACACAUAUGUGA